UUAUUGUCUACUCUAAUCAUAGUAAGACUUCAAGCUUCACUCAAUACCAAAAACCUUAUAUAUUUACAGAAUGACUUGUUGAAUUAAUCUUUGCCAGUUCAAAAAAAUUAGAGAACCUAUGAAAUGGAUAAUGAAGGAUUUUCUACGCAGUUGAUGUGGCUUCUCUGGAUUUGGAUUUUCCUUGGUAUGACUGCUAUUUCAGAUUGCAGCCCUGGUAGACCACUUAUUAUCAAUUUUGGUGAUUCGAAUUCUGAUACUGGAGGAGUACUAGCCGGCACUGGACUUCCCAUUGGCCUUCCUCACGGUAUGACAUUUUUCCAUAGAGGCACUGGAAGGUUAGGGGAUGGACGUCUUAUUAUUGACUUCUUCUGUGAACAUUUGAACUUGAGUUAUUUGAGCCCAUAUUUGGACUCAUUGGCGUCAAACUUCACUAGUGGAGUGAACUUUGCUGUAUCUGGGGCAAUGACUCUGCCACAGUUUAUCCCUUUUGCGCUGGAUGUUCAAGUUCGCCAAUUCAUUCGGUUCAAAAAUAGAUCCCUUGAACUCCAAACAACAGGUUCAGGAAACUUCAUAGAUGAAAAGGGGUUUUUCAGUGCUCUAUACAUGAUUGACAUUGGACAGAAUGAUCUGUUAAUGGCUUUGUAUGCAUCAAACUUGACAUAUGCACCAGUGGCAAAACAAAUCCCAUAUUUUCUUGCAGAAGUCAAGUUAGCUAUUCAAAACAUAUAUUUAUAUGGUGGCAGAAAAUUUUGGAUACACAACACCGGUCCAUUAGGAUGUGCUCCAAAAGAACUUGCAUUACAUCCUCGUACUAAGAAUGAUCUCGAUCGAAUUGGAUGCUUCCGCGUCCAUAAUGACCUUGCAAGAGCUUUUAAUAAAGGAUUACGUAAUAUCUGUAAAGAUAUGAGAACUGUAUUAAAGGAUACAACUAUUGUCUACGUAGAUGUAUACUCCAUAAAGUAUAAUCUCUUCGCCAAGUAUAAAAAAUAUGGCUUUGAGGAUCCAUUUAUGGCUUGUUGUGGCUAUGGGGGGCCUCCAAAUAAUUACGAUCCUAAAGCAACGUGCGGCCAGCCUGGUUCCAGCAUCUGCCACAAUGUGUCACGAUCUAUAGUCUGGGAUGGAGUUCAUUACUCUGAAGCUUCAAAUCGUGCGAUUGCAACCAGUAUUUUAUCAGGUCAUUAUUCUACACCACAAAUGAAGCUCGAAAAUUUUUGGAAGGCCUGAUUAAAGCUCAUGAUAAUCAUGUUAACAACAAAAACGACUCCAUUCUAAUUUUUCUCCAAUGCAAAGCUUUUUUGUUGAUUGUUGGGUUAGUAGAAUCAAUCGUAAUCUGUACUUUUAACUUGUGGAAUUCAAACAUUAUUCUAUGAUUCAAAUCAGUGGUGGGCUGCCCUCAUCCCAAUGCACCUUUAAUUGGAGUUUCGACACCUUAC